AUGGAUGCAAAUGGUAUAACAACACAAAAUGGAAUUAAUAACAAUGGAAUGUUUGCGACUAGUGCUGAUAUUCUUCUUAGUCCAAGUCGACAAGAAAGUUUAUCGGAGUCACUUUUGGAUUCAUCAGAAAUUACAGAUGAAACUGAUAUUGAAACAAUGCGACAACGUAUUAAUGAAAUGGAAGAGGAAGCUGAAAAAUUAAAACAAAUGCAAGUUGAAGUUGAAAAACAAAUGGGUGGUACCCCUGGUUCAACAGGAACAUCAUCAUUUCCGACAAUCGAGGAAAAAAUGGAAGCAGAUCAAAAAUCAGUAUACGUUGGAAAUGUUGAUUAUUCAGCGACAGCACAGGAACUCGAAAAUCAUUUUCAUGGUUGUGGAUCAAUUCAUCGUGUAACUAUUUUAUGUGACAAAUUUACUGGACAACCAAAAGGUUUUGCGUAUGUUGAAUUUUCUGAUAGAGAUUCUAUACAAACGGCUCUUGCUCUUGAUGAUUCAUUAUUUAAAGGACGACAAAUAAAAGUAACUGAAAAACGAACAAAUCGUCCUGGUGUUUCAACGACUGAUCGUCCACCUCGUGGCGCACUCCGUGGUUUUGGACGUGGUCGAAUGCCACGCGGCGGAGCUUAUAUGCCUUACAUUACUGCACCAUAUCGCGGUCGAAUUGCUCGACCUACAUUUCGUGGCCGUGGUCGUUCAAAUUAUUUCUAUUCACCUUAUUAA